GGCGCCGCCGCAGAAGCGCCGGGAUGAGCGAGCGCUGCCCCCGGUACCGGCGGGGGGGCGGCGGGGAGGCGGCGCUGCGCGCCCGGGCCGAGGCCGCCGGUUACCGGAGGCUGCUGCGGGCCCGAGCGGCGGAGGUGGAAGCUCUGCGCGGGGCUGUGGGGGCUCUGCACCGGCGGCUCGAGGGGCUGCGGGACCGGCGCAGCGGGGAGGUCGCCAAGUACCAGGAGCGGGUGGCGGAGCUGGAACGGGAGAUCAGUGAGGCGGAGGCGGAGAUGCUCCGGUGCCUGCGGGAGUUCCCGGCGCUGCUGCGGCUGCGGAUGGCGCUGGAGGCCGAGAUCGCCGCGUACCGGGAGAUGCUGGAGGGCGAAGAGCUGCGCAUGGGGGGGCUGGGGCCGCCGUGA